GGCAUUCGGGAGCCAUGGAGGAGAUCGGGAUCCUGGUGGAGAAGGCACAGGAUGAAGCCCCCGCCCUGGCCGUGUCCCGACCUCACACGGCCCUGUCCUUCCUGGGCCCGGAACCCGAGGACCUGGAGGACUUGUACAGCCGCUACAAGAAGCUACAGCAGGAGCUGGAGUUUCUGGAGGUGCAGGAGGAGUACAUCAAAGAUGAGCAGAAGAACCUGAAGAAGGAGUUUCUCCACGCUCAGGAGGAGGUCAAGCGGAUCCAGAGCAUCCCGCUGGUCAUCGGCCAGUUCCUGGAGGCCGUGGACCAGAACACAGCCAUCGUGGGCUCCACCACCGGCUCCAACUACUAUGUGCGCAUCUUGAGCACUAUCGACCGGGAGUUGCUGAAACCCAAUGCCUCGGUUGCUCUGCACAAGCACAGCAACGCGCUGGUGGAUGUGCUGCCUCCCGAGGCCGACAGCAGUAUCAUGAUGCUUACCUCAGACCAGAAGCCAGAUGUGAUGUAUGCGGACAUUGGUGGGAUGGACAUCCAGAAGCAGGAGGUGCGGGAGGCCGUGGAGCUGCCCCUGACCCAUUUUGAACUGUACAAGCAGAUUGGGAUCGAUCCCCCCCGAGGGGUGCUGAUGUACGGCCCCCCGGGCUGUGGCAAGACGAUGCUGGCGAAGGCUGUGGCUCAUCACACUACGGCGGCGUUCAUCCGAGUGGUGGGCUCCGAGUUCGUCCAGAAGUACCUGGGUGAGGGUCCUCGCAUGGUGAGGGAUGUGUUCCGCCUCGCCAAAGAGAACGCCCCCGCGAUCAUCUUCAUUGACGAGAUUGAUGCCAUCGCCACCAAGAGAUUUGAUGCCCAGACUGGGGCUGACCGUGAGGUUCAGAGGAUCCUCUUGGAGCUGCUCAACCAGAUGGAUGGAUUCGACCAGAACGUCAAUGUCAAGGUGAUCAUGGCCACGAACCGGGCCGACACGUUGGAUCCCGCCCUGCUGCGGCCUGGCCGCCUGGACCGCAAGAUCGAAUUCCCCUUGCCGGACCGGAGGCAGAAGCGCCUCAUAUUCUCCACCAUCACCAGCAAGAUGAACCUGUCUGAGGAGGUCGACCUGGAGGACUAUGUUGCUCGACCGGACAAGAUCUCAGGAGCCGACAUCAACUCCAUCUGCCAGGAGGGCGGCAUGCUGGCCGUGCGUGAGAACCGCUACAUCGUCCUGGCCAAGGACUUCGAGAAGGCAUACAAGACGGUCAUCAAGAAAGACGAGCAGGAGCACGAGUUUUACAAGUGACCCUCUGGCCUUCCGUCCUCCGUUCCCCCUCCAUUUUCCUCCCUUCCCCCCUUGCGUUCAACCUCUUCAAUAAACAGUAAACAAACUGGA